AUGCUCACAAUCAUCUCGCGAGUGUACCGGUGGAUUCGCACUCUCAGUCAGAGGUUUUUUCUGCAAUUUGGAUUACACUGUGCCACCCACCAAAUUCGUGUUAUUCUCAUCUCCUGUGUGGUCAUUACGUCGCUGUUCUAUCCUGCACUCGACCUUUAUACUUCAUCUCGGAAUUCCUCCCAGUCACUCCUUUACAAUUGGGGAUGUGCUCUACAUCCUGCUCCAGAACAAGACCUUGCCAAUCUUUGGCAAAGUCAAGACACGCUGCGGGUACAUGAAGAUCCCGUUGCCCGUGCAAAAUGCAGGGCUAAUAACGCUAUACGCGUAGAACAUAUCCUUAUCCAGAGCCCCCUUGUAGAGGAUGAUGGAGCACUGAACCACAAUAUUCUUCUGUCUACACUGGAUCUCGAGCAACGCUUGGAGGAUAUAAUCUCUUCUGGAGAUUCCCCAUGCCUGAAGAAACCAGACGGGAAAUGUCUGGUCAUUUCCCCACUUGCAUUCUGGAACUAUGACAAGUCCACCCUUCUAUCCGAUUCCAACGUCUUUGAUACUCUCACUCACUCCAAGAAUGUUUCUGUUUCUGGCAUCCCCAUCACUCCGCAAAUGGUCUUAGCAGGAAGGGGAUCAUACGAGCCUCACGUCGGCGGGAAUAAAUUGGAUUAUGCCACAUUCCUUGCCCUGAGCUACUUCUUUCCAAAUAGUCCAUGCUGGGACUCUGGAGCAGAGCACGCUCUUUGGGUACACACUAUCCAAAACACGGUUUCUCAGGACGCCGAGGUUGUUGCCCGAGGCCCUGAAGCCACUCUGAUUGCUCUUGACUAUGAUCCUCAUCUGUCCACCACGAAGGGCUGGUCGGCUAUUUCGGCGUUCCUUUAUUUAGCAUAUAUCGGAUUUAUUGCCUACGUUGUCUGGUCAGUCAAAUACAUGGACGCCGUACACUCGCGCCUGGGGGUGACAUUCACAGCGCUUGUCGAAAUUGCUGUGUCAACAAUCACGUCACUUAGUGUAUGCGCGCUCGUAGGAUUCAAAAUCACUAUGGUGCCAUGGGAGGUGUUGCCAAUAGUGAUCGUUUUUGUUGGUGCUGAAAAUAUGUUCACUCUGGUAGAUGCGGUCGGCAAAACGUCUGUCACGCUGUCGGUCAAGCAACGCAUCGCAGAAGGGUUAAGUCGCGCAGGGACCUCUAAUACGCUAAAGGUUGUCUCGUACAACUCUAUCUUGGGCAUUAUAGCUGUAUUUGCUGUCGGUGCCGUGCGUCAAUUUUGCAUCUUCGCCAUUGUCGUUCUGGUCGCACAUUGGUUUUUGGCACACACCUUUUUUAUGGCGGUUCUUUCCAUCGACAUAGCUCGAUUGGAGCUAGAAGAACUUCUCAGACAUGAUACCAGCUUGGUGCCAUCAGUUCCGCCAAAGGCAGAUAACCUGAACACAAAGCAACCACGCUCUGGGUGGCGGAAACUCAUCUUGACCGUUCAAAAUCUCUUACAAGGAAGAGCGGCAACCAAUAUCAGUCUCCUCAUGCUCUUAGCAAUUGCUGCCACUUUGUACUACACUACCUAUACUGCAUCAACUUCGACGUUGGACUCUACUCUUCGUAAGCCUCUCGGCGCUAUUUCAAGGACAAAGACACGCCCAGCCGCGGACGCUAUUUCGAUCGCAGAGCACAUCUGGAAAACUCUAAAUCCCGCACAGACACCGCUAUUACAUCUACGCCUCGAGAUUCCUACUAUCAUCACCUUCAGCGCUGGUAGUGAGAUCUCCAGAAAUCCUUCAGGCAUCAAUGCUCGGUACACUAAACGAACGUUCAAGUUCAUUCUAUGGAUACUAACUAUUCUAGUGGUGCCUAUUGCGGCUACCACCGGCGCGCUGUACGGUUUACUUCUCUACCUUAUGAAGAAUACCGAGUUACUGGAUGCCCAGAGGCAAAGCGCGGAAGCUGACAGUACCUCGGACGCCGUAGCAGAUGAAAAAAUUUUCCAGGACAAGUUUUCGUUCUCCACUCUCCCACGAGCGUUUCCGAGUGAUGUUGAGCUUAUCGCUGCCAGCAAAGAUGGGCGUAUCAUUGUCUCUGUAGGGCUCAAUAACGAAAUCAUUACCUGGAACGCAAAUACAAAAAAACAUAUAUCAGUCAAUGCAGCUGACGUUUUAUUGCGGAUGACAAGCACCUCUUCGUCUGCAGGGUCGACUGUGACUUCGGUAGCAGUGGACGACAAAGGUCGAUAUUUUGCUGUGGGGACGGGCGCGGGCCUAAUCGCCGUAUGGAGUGUAAGUAAGAGCAGUGGGAAGGUCAAGCAUUUACCUCCCUUAGCCUUGGAAAACUCUUCAGCAGGUGUGACAGAGAUGCAAUUUGUGCCCUCCCUCUCAGGUUAUUCGAGGACUUUUGGGCGCUCACCUCCUGCAUCUGAACCAAGUUCUCCGGAAACGAAAGGAAGUGACAUGGUACUGCUGGCGACAUACGAAAAUGGCGUAGUGGCAAGAUGGACUGUGGGAGAAAUACCAUCUGUUACCUAUUUCGUGGCGUCGCGGCGAGCUACCGUCGUUCGUUCAUCUCUCCUGCGGGUUAGUCCAGAAGAUAGGGUGCUUAUAGCCUUCACGCUGGACGAUGGCGUGCUUGAAUUAAUGGAGACAGGAGAUCAUGAGCCACUGAUGCUCCAGGAUUGUUAUCUCCAGGCAGGAAAUCCUUACGAUUUGGUGCGGAAGGUUCAUGCGUGCAGGGCAGAGAUGAACGGCAGCAUGAGACUUGUUGUUGCAGCCGCUACAGAAGCGGGCUCCGUUUCUCUGUGGGAUGGUCACACGGCGGAGUGUAUAUCAGUACUUGAAGACGCCCAUGGUCGAAUAGACCAUCUCCGAGUCUCCGCCGUGGACUGCAAAAUGUGCCCUUCAUGUGGCUACCUGCCAAUGGACAGUUUGUCUCUCGCGUUUUCAGUAAACAGCGUGGUCCAAUUUUUCAAACUGUACUUGGACGAUCCGUCAAGAAGGUGCUCAUGCUCUCGCGCCGUUCGCCUUCAGCAGCAAUUACAUCACGUAUCUUCAAGGGACAGUCUUGGGAAGCGUUCGAGGAGUAAUAGCAACGCUUCUUCGUCUCAGAUUGGAUCCCCGUUAAUUCCCCGCGCAAGAUUGGCCACUGCGUUCGAAACAUCGGCUUUUCCUAUUUCUGGUCACGGUGUACAUUCACGGCGCGCCUCCGAAAAAGAUACAAGUAGGAGAUCUUCAGAGCUUUUAACUGUGCCUUUCCCGGGCAACAUUGGCUCUGCCGAUGACUAUGAUCUUCACGUUAGUCAUACCCAAGAUUUGAGCGGGUCGACAACACCUACGAGCUCAUUUUCGUCUCAGUCAGUAUGGAAGAACGCAGUUCUUAUCUCUUUAGCUGAUGUGAUGUGUGAGCGGGGGGGAUGGGGAGUGACAAAUAGUUCUUUUGUCGGAAUCCGACGCAAACCACGAUCGCAGGGGAAAGCCAGAGCUAUCUUAUCGCCGCACGCGUUGCAAUCGUUCACUUCUUCCGGGCUGACGAUCGCCACCCUGGAAAGAUGGGAGUUGUGGAUUUUCGACCCAGUGGGGGCUCAGUUGCGAAGUUCAUUGUUAGCUUCGCUGCCCGGGCAGGAAGAGGAGUCAUGGGAUUCCUCUCCCUCUUCAUCUCCCUCAGUCUCGCCCUCUUCAUCACGGACAAAUUCUGUAUCAUCCUCUUUUUCUGCAGGCGGUACCGAUGAAGGUAUAGCUAGACUACCUUUUACGCGGGUGUCGCCUCUCCUCGUUUCUUCUUCUCAUGCCUUGGCAGGAUUUGGAAAUACCAUUGGUGUUGUCCACUUCGAUGCUUGA